CACGGGAAUUUAUGAUACGUUGCAAAGAAAAGGAAGCACUUUCGCGUGCACUGCGGACUGGCUGUUCAACAACAUUAUGAUUAUUGUUGUAGGUGGAGCUCGAUAGUUCAUUGCUGCAGUAAUGGCGCCUACGGUACAGGACCACGGAUGGGCUUGGAUGGUACUGUUAGGUGCACACAUCGGUCUAGUGCUCACCUCAGGGUUUUUGCAAUCACUCGGCGUUUUCUACAUCGAAUGGAAGGAGUUCUUCGAUUUGACUGCUACGGAUGCAAGUUGGCUUGUCAGCGUGCCCUUUUUGGUCGCCAGUCCAUUGUGUUUUUUCACUGGCAUUCUAGCAACUCGUGUCGGUAUACGCCAUGUAGCCAUAGUUGGGGCUGCAAUUACCGGACUUUCAACUGUACUUGGGUCAAUCGCCUCCAAUAUCACACAGCUGUACAUCUUCAAUGGACUGACCGGUGUCGGGUUGGUGAUGACUGUUUCCCCGGGCACAAUAAUGAUCUCUCGGUACUUCAAGGAACGCUACACAUUCGCCACAGGAGUUGUUUUACUUGGAGUGAAUGUGGGACAAAUGGUCUUCCCGCGCUUAAUUCGUCUCCUGGUUGUGAACUACGGAUGGCGAGGCGCCAUGUUUAUCAUUGGCGCUUUGCAGAUGAACGGGGUUGCUGCUUGCGCCCUCUUCCGGCCGCUCAAGUCCAAUCUCAGUCAUCCAACCCCACAGCAUGAGCAACAGGACCGUGAUAGUGACCGAACUAGACGAGACAAAAUGAACGCACUAUCAAGAAGAUACCUUCGCGUUUUCUCCAACAUCAACGUAAUGUUGAUUCUGUUGGCAAAUUAUGUUUACACGAUUGGUUUAAUGACAAACAUUAUUCAUCUACCGGCGCGCACCAAGGAGGCAGGUUGGUCACGUGACCGAAGUGCCAUGUUGCUCUUCGCCUUCGGUCUGGUAUCACUCAUCACACGAUCCACACACGGCUGGUUUGUGGACAGGAACUACAUCAGACCCUUCAAACUCCACUUAGUGACUGUUCUUGGGAUGACUGUCACUGCCUUCUUAAAUCCUGUCUCGGACGGCUACGGCUUCUUAGUCGCCUACGCAGUCGUUUUGGGAACCUUUGUCGGAAUCUCCACACCUCUUUUUAUCGUGAACACGAAGAACGUGGCCAGUCCGUCGGAGCAGCCGGCCGCACUCAGCUUGAUUUGGGCGUCAACCUUCCUUUCCGAUGGCUUCGGGCCAGUUGUUGCGGGCAAGAUUUACGACGCCACUGGGAGUUACGUCGCGCCGUUCUUGACCGGGGGCGCCCUUUGCCUGCUGUCAUUCCUGCUGUUAUGCGUGGUAGUCAGACUCGUGGGAAUUCAGAAACAAGAUAAACUCCAAAAGCCCGGGUUUCCAGAUCGCAUCGUCGUAACCAACGCCGACAGCACGGAAGAUGUCGAGACGCAGCCUCUCGGUGCAGAAACAGUCUGUGACGUCAUUCAACCAAGUUAAUAGCGCAUAUAUAUAUUACGUCCCAGCAAACACAUAAUGCUGUGAUAACAUUUGUGUAAAGUCGUACCGAUGUUAUAUCUAUAACAUUCGAAAAUAACAUUUUAAUGACUAUAUAGAAACAUCUUGACAUAUACACAAACAUUUUAAUAACGUGAUUUAAAUGCCUCAAAUUUGACGUUUAAUCAUGUAUUUUAAAGCGAUAAUGCUGUGAUAACAUUUUUGUAAAGUCGUACCGAUGUUAUAUCUAUGACAUUCGAAAAUAACAUUUUAAUGACUAUAUAGAAACAUCAUGAGUUUUGCAUGUGCAAGUAUGCAAAUGAGGAAUAGUAUGGUGCCUGCAUGUGCGUUACAUUAGCGUUUCUUUUUGUAUGCGGGGUCUGGGGUAAAAACAGAGUCAAUUCGUCG